AUGGUAUGUAUUUCAAGUUCAACUAUACUUUUUCGUUCUGAACAUUUGGAAGAAACGAGCAGCGUUCCAACGUGUCCCUACUCAGCUGAAAUUACCGGUGAUCAUGUCAUUUUCGACGACGCAUCAUACUAUAUUCACCAUUACCCAGAAUUUAUCUGUCCACAAAACUUUCGAAAUCUUGCUGACUGGGUAUACGGUUGGCCUGAAUCAGUCUUCAACGAAGAAAUGGAAAACUUAUUGGAAAGGGACGCUUCAAUUAUAAGUAAUCUUCCAACAGGAAGUAUUAUCUAUGUGAAAACGGAUCAAAUUUCAUCGUUUUUCGCAGAAAUCUAUCCGAUUCUGUUGAAUCGAUUUGUUUUGUUGACAGGACAAGGAGGAACACAAACUCCCGGCGAAUCCAUUCAAUAUCUUACGCGUUCCGAUUCGAAAAUUAUUCAUUGGUUUGCUCAGAACGGAGAUAUCGAUGCAUCCAGUAAUGAACGAUUUACCCACAUACCAGUCGGUAUAAAUUGUUUUGAAAUGGCUGACGCUAUUCGAGAUAUUCAACAACAUUCUCCCAAGCAGCUUCUCCCGUCUGUCAAUGAAGACAACGUUGAUGAACCAUCUUACUAUAUUCAACCAGUCGAUGUGACGCGUUCGGUUCUUUUGAGCACCACUCUCAGCAACAAGAACAUCAAUGAAUCCGAUAAGAUUCUUCUACUCAAUUUUCGGCCUCAAACUGAUCCAACCGGCGGUCGAAUCAAACUAUGGAAAGAAAUCUGUCAAGGCAAUCAAAGUUCAUUUGUGAUGUGUUUCGACAAAGAAGAUGGAGUGAAUGUUUCAAGUCUCCCGACUAUCUAUCGACGCAAUCGUCAAUAUCCACUUUGGCUUUCGCCACGUGGACGUGGUAUCGACUGCCAUCGAACAUGGGAAGCAUUAUAUCUCGAUGUGAUUCCAAUCGUCUGGCAUUCAACACUCGAUCCUUUGUAUGAAAAUUUACCUAUACUCGUGAUCAAUGAUACGAGUCAAUUGAAUGAGGAAUAUCUUCGAAGUAACAUGUACGAUAUUGCCCUAAAGAAAGCGCAAACACCAAGUGUAUAUGCAUAUGAAAAAUUGCGUAUCGCAUAUUGGCGCGAAAUGAUCUUGAACAAGUCGAGACAUGGAAUGAAAAGUGUAAACAACAAAAGAAAUCGGUGUUGGAGAGCAAAAACUACUACACUGGAUGAUAAUUAG